AUGAAUGUUCCUCUUUACCUGCUCACCGUCGCUCAGUUGAUUCGCGCCGCAGCCGGAGCUCCGCGCGCGUCUUUGGAGAGCCGACUCCUGCACGAGACGGUGCGCGCGGGACGCAGGAGCUGCAGGCUCUACUGUAGGGUCGGCAUCGGCUUCCAUCUGCAGAUUCAUCCCGACGGCAGAGUGAACGGCAGCCAUGAGCCCAACCAGCUGAGUGUCCUGGAGCUGAUUGCGAUUUCUCAGGGCGUGAUCGGGAUCAGAGGAGUUCACAGCAACAGGUACCUGGCCAUGAAUAAACGAGGAUGGCUCCAUGCCACUGAAUUUUUCUCAGACGACUGUAAGUUCAGGGAGCGUUUCCAGGAGAACAGUUACAACACGUACGCCUCUGUGACCCACAGGAACCAAAGGACUGGUCGUGAGUGGUUUGUGGCCCUCAACAAGAGGGGGAAAGCUAAAAUGGGCUCCAGCCCACGGGUCAAAUCCCAGCACGUCUCCACCCACUUCUUACCCAGGGCCAGCUUUCAUAAGAAAAAUGAAAGUGGCUUCAAAAUCACAGAAAGGAGCAAAGAGAGAAGGAAAACUCCACCAACUCCGCCUAAAGUCCCACCAAGAACUGCCCCGAGACGCAUACAGGUCAAAUACUGGCCCAAAUACAGGUUUGGAUAGCUUGUUUCAAACUCUACAAACAUUUAAAUCAUUCCGAGGAUCUGUGAAGACUGUGGAAAACCUCAAA